AUGGUUAGAACCCCUUCAGCAGCUCGUAGGUUGGAAUCAAAAGUAGGCUAUGCUGUAAACAAACCUCUGCCCUCACCGUCGGGGUUUAUGGGAGGGAAACGCUACACCGCCCUGUUUGAUUGCACGGCUCGCACUGCAGAUGAUCUGACCUUUAGCACCCGGGAUAUUCUGGAGGUCAUCGACUACACCACCGAGGAAUGGUGGAUCGCAAGAACCAUGUCUACCAGUGCAAAGGGAUGCAUUCCUUCUAACUAUUUGGCGCCUGUAGAGAGGGUUGAUCCUGAACCAUGGUAUUUACCAGAGAUUAAACGGCGGGAUGCGGAGAGGUUGCUGUUGUCUGAGGGCAAUAAGCAAGGUGCAUUCCUCAUUAGAAACUCUGAAUCUUUCAAAGGAGAGCUCUCUCUCUCAGUUUUGCACCAAGGGAGGGUAAAACAUUACAAGCUCCAGAAACAGGAUGAUAACUACUUCCUUUCUAGGAACAAGUCCUUCCCAACACUGAAGGCGUUUGUGGAAUAUUACUCCAGACAGUCUGAUGUGCUGUGUGUCUGUCUGGGGGAGCCAUGCAGAAAGAUGGAGGAUCCACAGACCUAUGGUCUGGCCUGCAACACAGCGGAUCCGUGGGAGAUUGAUCGCAGUUCUAUCAAACUACUAAGGAAAAUUAUAGACGGACUGUUGGAUGAGGUCUUUGAGGGGGUGCUGAAUGGUACUACACCAGUCGCAGUGAAGACACGAAAACCUGGUACAAUGGAUGCUGCAGAAUUCCUGGGAGAGGCUCAGCUAAUGAAGAAGCUGCGGCACCCUAAGCUGAUUCAGCUGUAUGCUGUGUGCACCUUAGAGGAACCAGUGUACAUAAUCACAGAGUUGAUGACGAAUGGAUGCCUGUUGGAAUACCUCAGAAAGGACAAAGGGGCCACUCUCUAUAUCACACACCAGAUUGAAAUGGCCGCCCAGGUGGCAGCAGGCAUGGCUUACUUGGAGCAACAGAACUACAUUCACACAGACCUUACUGCCAGGAACGUACUGGUGGGAGAAAACAACGUCUGCAAAGUGACUAAUUUUGGAUUGGCAGGAUUUUUAAGGAAAAAUGAGAAUGUAUAUGAGGCCGAGGAGGGGACUAAAUUUCCUGUGAAGUGGACCGCUCCAGAAGCUAUCCACGAUAACAAGUUCAGCAUCAAAUCAGAUGUUUGGUCCUUUGGAAUCUUGCUCUAUGAGAUCAUGACAUUUGGUCAGAUGCCUUAUCCAAACAUGAAAAACAUGCAGGCGGUGACUUGGAUCAGUAAAGGUAACAGGAUGUCCUGCCCAGCGAACUGCCCGAAACCACUGCACAACAUCAUGCUGGACUGUUGGAAGGAAAAAGAAAAGGAGCGCCCAACAUUUGAGACGCUGCAGUGGCAACUGGAGGAAUACUUUGAGAUGGAGGAUGAGAACCCUUAUUCUACUUCUCUCUACUAA